AGGCUCCAGCUCUCCUGACACUCGGGCAGAUCCAGGGCUGGCAGGGCAGGGCCGUGUCUGCUGCGGCUGCCGGUCACGUGACGCCCUCAGGUAGAGCAGCCUGACAGCGCACCGCGCCUGCUACCUGACAGUCACACAGACACCGCAAGCAUGGCUGAGCAAGGAGUCCCCCCGGUGCCCAGCCCCGCCGCCAUGUCCUACCCUGCCGCCUCCGUGGGCUUACCCACCGGACCCGAGGUGCUGAGGACGUACUCCGGAGCCUUCAUCUGUCUGGAGCUGAUAUUUGGAGGACUCGUUUGGAUUUUGGUGGCAGCCUCCAAUGUGCCGGUGCCAGUUGUACAAGGAUGGGUGAUGUUUGUAUCUGUGACAGCGUUCUUCUGCUCCCUAAUAUACCUUUGCGUGUUCCUCUGUGGUCUGGCACAUUCGAUCCCUACUAACUGGAAUUUUGUGGACCUUGCUUUCCACUUCUUUGUCUUUGUAUUUUAUUUUGGGGCCUUUGUUCUGGAAGCGGCUGUGUGUGCCCUAUCAAAUCUAGAGAAGGGAAACUCGACUGUUAUCAAACUCGAUAACCACAAGAUGGGGCUGAACGUCGCAGCAACGAUUUUUGCUUUCGCCGCCACUGUUUGCUACGGGUGCAGCAUGGCGCUGGGAUUCCGUAGGUGGAGACAAUAACAUCCUGAAACAAGCUGAACCAGACAGACCCGCUGGAAUCUGAUAGCAGAUAAAGGAGCAGGAAUGUGUCCUCUAGUGCACGGGCUUCUUACAAGUGUCACCCGGGAAGAGCCUGCCCUCAGAGACAUAUCAGCCUGAAGAGACUGCCCCUUAACCACCUGUAUAUGUGCCUACAGGAGUGCAGAUACUGUACAUUGUAAUAUAAUAGAAUCCCAGGUGGACGGCUGUUCCUGUACUAGGAUGUGAUGCUCUUGGAUAUGUUUGUAUGGGAGUUUUGCAAUAAAAAGAAAAUUCAAAGGCCA